AGUCAUACGACGAACGUCUAACCGACCUGUCGUUAUCGCGAUUCUCUGCAAGCUCGCGAGUACGUUCUUCCCCCUCUAUCUACCUAGUCAGCUAGGGAAGUUGAAGCAACAGGACGAAGCUCAAACAGAUCGUUCGAACUUGCAACGUUAUUUUCUCCCUUCGCUAAAAAAUCGUUGUGCGAACUAUCGUUAAGUUAUCAAUAUAUGAUCUUUUGCUUUUAUUUAAACAAAAAAAAGUGAUGAUUGAAAGUGAACUGUCCAUUGGUUAACAAAUUUCAAUCUAGUAAUUGAAUUAUUGAUAAUUAUCGAUUUGAAAAUUAAAUAUUCAAUGAAUUACUACAAUCAUUAUAUAGUGUAAUAUUGUUCAGAAUAUUGAAAGAAUAUUCGGUAAAAGAGAAAAAGUUCGAUAAAAGAGAAGUGUGUUGGAAUAUGUGAAAAUCAUAGAGCAAUGAUAUAAAGAAAAUUAAUAAGUUUUUUUUUAUUCGUAAGAAAUCAAAAAUAGUAAAUGAAAAGAAACAUAAGCAAAAAAAAUCGAUUAGGAAAUUCAUAAAAAAAAGCUCUAAACCAAAAAAAAAUUGUUUUCCUUUCUUCGUUUAUUUUCGUGCUCAAAUAUCGUACAUAAAAUGGAAGACACGCAGAAUUCGAUGUUUUUGUUUUCUUUUCUUCUCUUUUUUAAAUUUCUUUCUACUAUCAUCAAGUGUGAGAAAGAAAGGAAAUGAUGGAAUAAGUGUAAGACGGAUAAAGGUCGACGCACCUGUUUUGUUUUCACUCUACAGUUCGACUGUAGUCAUUAUUUUCCAGGCAGUUGGAACAGUGUCGUUGAAAUGGUAAUUACAUUGAAGUGAUGUGAACAGUUUCUGGUGAUACUCGACGAAGUUUCUCGAGAGAUGAAUCAGCUAUGCAAGGAUCGACGAUCGAUUGGGAGAUAAAGGAAUCCAAUGGAAACUGGUAUUCCUGUAUUUGCUGUACUUCGAUAAGAGCAUCGCAUGUUAUUGUUCCUACAAAUAUCUUCCAUUCAUCAGUAAGAUGAACGAAGACACACUACUUAAAUACAGAAAAAAAGAGAUUCUCGGUUAAAUUCAACGAAAAACAUCUUCCUAAAACAUAUCAACUAUAAUAUUUCAACGAUUCUGCAAAAUACUCGAGAUCACGUUCCCUAAUGAUUCUCCUAUGUUCUACUCUCUAUAUCAAAGGCAAUCCUGAAAUCAACUAAAACUCCCGAAAUAGUCCUACAGAGUUAUUGGAAUAAGAAUCGUUUCUCUGAGCACUGUCGUCGUUCAUAUAUUUUUCUUCUACGUGAGAUUAUUGUUUGGAAAUAUCGGUACGUGACGAGACGAAGAAAUCGAUGUUCGGGACAGGAUAUUCAUGCGGAUCGAUCGAGGCCUGUAUUAUCAUGUAAAACGACGGUCGGACAUGUAAAUUUGGCGAAUCGACGAGUUGAAGGAGAGCGUUCCGCGCGAUUGGCUCUUAUCAUAGAGGAGAAAUGAGCAACUACGACGGUUAGAUGCGGGAUUCUCGCACUCAAGAGGCUUUAAUCGUUAUGAUUGAAAAUGUCAAUCGUAUAUCACGGGUUAUGGCUUUGCGAGAGUUGGAUGGUGCGAACUAUAACAACGAAUGGUUGAGGUAGAUCGUGGUUCGUGGAAUCGAGAGAAGAUUUCCAUGCACGAAUUCCUUCCUGGAAUCCUAUGGUCGAGAGAGGAGAGAAAGAGCAUGACGUAGCCGUCGACUUUGGGGGGCGCUUCGGAUGCUCCGGACUGCCGAUUAGUCUCGUAUGGAGGGGAAGGACGCAAUCACCACUGAAGACACCCUGCUUCUAAACCUGACCACACAAAACAGCUUCCUCCAAAGAUUUCCCGGCAAAAACUCGCCUUAUACGGCCACCCAGGCAAUACUUAUCGCCUUGGUGCUCGGCAGUAUCAUCGUCGGAACUGUGAUCGGUAAUAUUCUGGUUUGUGUCGCCGUGUUCCUCGUUAGGAAGCUGCGAAGGCCUUGCAACUAUCUCUUGGUUAGCCUUGCAGUUAGCGAUCUCUGCGUCGCUCUUCUAGUAAUGCCGAUGGCGUUACUCUACGAGAUUUCCGGUAAUUGGUCCUUCGGUGCAAUUAUGUGCGACCUUUGGGUUAGUUUCGACGUGCUCAGUUGCACGGCUAGCAUCCUGAAUCUCUGCAUGAUCUCUGUGGACCGGUUCUGUGCCAUAACGAAGCCGUUGAAAUACGGGGUGAAAAGGACGCCACGAAGAAUGAUCGUCUAUGUCAGCCUUGUUUGGCUAGGGGCAGCCUGCAUUAGUCUGCCACCAUUGUUGAUUAUGGGAAAUGAGCACACUUAUUCUGAGACUGGACCAUCCCAUUGCGUUGUCUGCCAGAAUUUCUUCUACCAGAUUUACGCCACGCUUGGGAGCUUCUAUAUACCUUUAUUCGUGAUGAUUCAGGUAUACUACAAAAUAUUCUGUGCGGCGCGUAGAAUAGUCCUGGAAGAAAGAAGAGCGCAGAGCCAUUUAGAAGCACAUUGUUACUUUGACAUAGAGCCAACAGUGCAACAACAUCAACCAGUGACUGUGAAUCGUCAAUUAAAUUCCGAUGUGCAGCCAGGACAUGGUAGUCCUCCCGUAAAGCAACAUCGAAGUUCGAGCGCCUCUACCACGAUACGAUCGAACGCUCGUGGCGAUACGCAGGAUAAUAUGAGAUCGUGUAGUGGUCAUACAGUGCGGUGUUUUACUGGUGGUCCUCGCAAAAGUCAUGAGUCGCAAUGUCCAAUGCUUCAGAAGCUCGAGAAGCCCGUCCUCUCUUCAUCCACGACAACCACAUCGCCGAUGACAUCGACCAAGUCGACGAUUGUGAGAAACCAUUUGAACAGCACCUGUAGUGUAACAAAUUCGCCGCAUCAAAAGAAAUUAAGGUUCCAUCUAGCAAAAGAAAGGAAAGCCAGCACUACAUUAGGAAUUAUAAUGAGCGCUUUCAUAGUUUGUUGGUUACCGUUCUUUGUAUUAGCCUUGGUCAGGCCAUUCCUUAAGAAUCCAGAUGGUAUCCCAGCAUUUUUAUCCAGUCUAUUUCUUUGGCUUGGUUAUUGCAACAGUCUAUUGAAUCCUAUCAUCUAUGCGACUUUGAAUAGAGACUUUCGAAAACCGUUCCGCGAAAUUCUUUACUUCCGUUGCAGUAAUUUGAACCAUAUGAUGAGAGAAGAAUUUUAUCAGAGCCAAUACGGCGAUCCUAUUAAUAAUUGCGAGAUUAAGGCCGGCGAAAUAGAUACUGAGCGUCUCAAUAAUCAAGGUAUCGAAUCAAUCGACAUUGCUGCAAACGCUCCUAAUGAGAGUUUCCUGUGAUCCGGAGAUAACCUUGAUCGUUGAGCUAAUCGCAAGACUCUUGAAAUAAAUUUGAAUCCAUCAUAAUUGAUUUUUAUUUCGAUUUCAUGAACAAAACACUGAUUGUAGAGUAUUCUAUAAGUUGAUUCGAAUACUAUAAAUUUUUUAAAUUUGAUUUUCACUAUAUAAUUGUGAUGUGAUGGUUCAUCGCGUUACAUAUUUAGUGUAAGAAAUUAGAAAAAUGUGAAUUGAAUCAAGCUGUAUUUUAAUUAUAAAAAAUUCAAAAUCUAAUUAAAAAUAAAAUAAAAAAUUUUUCCUGAAUUAAGUAUAGAGUUAUAUUAAUUAAGUAUAUUGUUAAAAAUCGUAAUUCCACAUUCAAUAAUCAUAUAUGUUAACACGUUCAAUCCGGAUAAUGACUUAAUACAUAAAUUACUUUAUACAAAAUAGAGAAGUAAUUGUAAUGAAAUAAAUCUUUCAUAUAAUCCGUAUAAAACCAAACUUCGUUCAAAAUAUAUAGAUAAUAUAACAUAGUUAGAAAAUUUAUCAAUAAUUGAAAUAAUUUUUUCUAUUUUAAUAAUAAAAAUUUAUUAAUAUUUGUGAUUUUAUUUGUAAUACAAGUUUUUUGUUUGAAAUAUAAGUUUGAAAUAUUGAUUAAUCAAAAAUUUUAUUAUUAUUGAGAAUUCUAAAACAAAACUAAUAGUAUUAAUAUAUAAAGAUAAUAUAAUACAUAUAAUAUAAUAUAAUUUUAAAUGAAUUCAAUCUCUUUUUUUGAUGUAAAUAGAUGCUAUUAUUAGUUAUCUGUUUGAUGCAUAAUCUAAAAAAUGAAUCAAACUUCUAUAUUUUUAGCUCAUUGAAAAUCCGGGCUGAACAUGUUAAAAUAUUGAAUAUGUUAAAUAAUUAAUCAAUUAUGUUAAAAAUAGAUGCUUGAACAAUGGUCGAAGAAUCUAUACCAGAGAUAUACAGUUAUUGGUUCGAUUCAAUUUUUCACAUGAUCAAAUGUCCAAACAAAACCUCAUUACACCUUUUUGUGACAAGAGAAAAGUGAUUUCUGUAUUAUCUUUGCGAAGUGACAAAAAAAGAAAGAACUUCAAAUUGGAACAGACACUUUUUCAACUAAAUUAGAUCAUGUGAAGAGUGCGAUAUUAAAAAGAAGAAUUGUUGAAGAAAUUCUCUUAGUUUAAACGUCUCGACUUAGAUAAUCGAAAAUGAAACAUUCGAAAAAUAGAAUGAUUAGAAAAGAUCGAUAUUAAUAUACAUUCGCUUAAGGUGUGAUAUAAGGUGUAACGAAUAAAGCAAAGUUCAUGUUUCGAAAAA